UUGCUAAAGUGGUGAAAAACUCCGAUUGGUGCCGCCGGUAAAUGUCGCCAAGGUAGAUAGAAUUAGAAGCCCUCGCUGGUGAUUUAGUGAACCCAGAAUCAUAAGAGAAUAUGAAGAUGGAGGAAGCCGCAGGCAGUGGCAACAGUGACGGUGGCAACAAAUGGUGGUGGGGAGUGGCCAGCGCUGCUCAAAUGGGAUUGGGAAUUCGUACCUUCGCCAAAGGGCACGGAGGCGAUUCGCGCCUCAUGCCUUUCAAAGCCUUCGUUGUAGCUUCCCUCUUCGUCAGCAGCGCCGCCUCCGCCUCCGUUCUACUCCUCCAAGCUAACGGCAUCCACAGGGUGGAAGAUCUCAUGAAAGCAGGAGCAAAUUUAAGAGCAAAACUUGGAUUACGUCCACGAACGCAGAAUAAGAUGAUACAAAGGUUGGCGGUGGCAUGGGAGAAAAAAUCUCCCACUACGAACAUUCACACAGCUGAGUCGAGCGGAGGAGAUGAGGGCACUACGACACAUGAGGACAAUCGGUGGAGGAAUUUGGAAAUACCCAUAUUCGGUGCUGAUGAUCCUAUGAGCUGGUUGACAAAGAUCGAAAGAUAUUUCCGGUUGCGCACUGUAAGGGAAGAGGACAAGUUGGAGGUUGUAAUGGUCACGAUGAAUGGGGAAGCUCUGGGUUGGUUCCAAUUGUGGGAAUCUUGGAAUCCAAACCACUCUUGGAAUGGAUUCAAGAUUACUGUCACCUAAAGGUUUCAAGCUUCUAGCCUAGGAAAUCCUUUUCAAGUGUUGCUGCCACUGGAACAAGAAGAGACAAUGCAAGGAUUCAUAGGCCAAUUUGAGAAGUGCGUUGGAAUGGUGAAGGGGUUGGAGGAGCCAUUUCUGGUGGAAGUGUUCCUCAAGGGAUUAAAGGAAGAGAUUAGCACUAAGGUAAGGCUUCAUGAACCAAAGAACUUGAUGGAAGCUAUGGUUAAGGCUCGAAGAGUAGAGGAUAAGAACAAAGUUUUAGGAAAAUUACCCUUGAGUAAUAGCCAGGGGUAUAAUCUGUAGAAACCCAGUUAUUCGGGUCAGAAAUUUGUUAGGGAUUGGCAACCUACAAAUAGUAAGGUAGCUGAUCCUACUAAUUAGUUAAGAAACUAUAUAUAGUCAAUUAGAGGGAAGUUAGAAUGGGGGAGUAGGAAGUGGAGGGUGGUGAGACCUCAAAACUCACUUUGGAUUCUGUUUUGGGUGUUGGAAGCACCACCAUAAUAAUAUAAUCUUUUCCUCUGUUUCUGGUCCUGUUCUAUCAGUAACACUAUUCACUGGUUCCAGUUCUGGUGCCAGAAGUCCAAGAACAUUUAUUGGAGAUCAUGGAAGCACUGCACUGAUGUGGCAGUUUGGAGGAAAUGGGUGAGGAAUAGUAUAUGAAAGAUUGGUGACAUUAAAGACAAACCGGAGGGGUUGAGGAGUACAUCCAAGAAUUUGAACUUUUGAUUGCUCGAGCCAAACCAAGUGCAGAGGACCAAGUUCUUGUGUAUUUCUUGGCUAGGUUGAGUCAAGACAUUCAAAGUCUAGUCUGUCCACACGACUCAAAGGAACUGGUGCGAGCCAUGGAGGUUGCCCACAACAUUGAAGAUUCGAUGAAACAGGUUCAAAGUUUUGGAAAUUUGCAGGGUUGGAGUACAAGUGUGGGUUUCAGAUAUCAAGGCGGCAACGGAGCUGUAUCGCGGUUAGGGGCGUUUGGUGGUACCAAUAAUGCCUGAACAUUCACUGAUGGGACUCGGAAUCUACAAGGAGAGAGCAAAAUGUCUUCUACGCCUUCGGUAGCCAAACCAGGAUUCUUGGGACUGCGAAACAGAGGAUCUCGAACCCUUCGCUAUGCUGAGUAUGUCAAAUCAAGGGACUUAGGGCGCUGUUAUCACUGUGGUUUGGCCUUUGGGCCAGGGCACCGUUGUCUUGAAAAAAAUGAGUUGUAAUACUGGCUGAGGAUGAGCAGAUUAAUGAAGACGGGGAGAUUACAAGAUUAGAAAAUGAAAAUGGGAAUGAGGAAGAUGAGGAAGUUUUGGAGACGGUUUGCCAGUGGAUGGAUUUGUCCUUUGUUCCGCAGGUGGGCUAACCCCAGCCUCAAACCAUGAAGCUUAGGGGAGAAUUACAGGGACAAACAAAUAUUGGGACUCAGCACAGAUCCCACAAAGUGAGAUUGGGAGAUGGUAAUCACAAAUCCACUCAAGGAUGCUGUAAGAACUUAAAAAUACAGUUGGGAGCUUAUACUAUGGUAGGAGACUUCUUUCUAUUUGAGUUGGGAGGAGUGGACCUAAUUCUGGGAGUUGCUUGACUGGAAACAUUGGGAGAAAUUAAGGUGAAUUGGAGGACCCUAAGUAUGUCUUUUGUCCAUCAAGAUCAGAAUGUGUUGAUUCAGGGAGUUCUUGGUUUGUCUAAGACAAUGAUCAUUUUGAGAACACAGCAGAAAAUAGCUAGCCAGGAGGUUGAGAUGAUGUUCAUGCUGUGGGUAACUGAAAGCAACCACGUGGAACAAAUUGAUUUAACGAACCAAGAAAGUCUGUUGCAGCAGGUGCUGACAGGGCUCGCUACAAUUUUUCAGGAACCUAAGGGUUUACCACCGUCUAGAGAGGUUGAUCAUUGAAUUCCAAUUAAGUCUGGCACAGGUCCAGUUAAUGUGAGGCCUUAUCGUUAACCUCACUUACAGAAGAAUGAGAUAGAAACUCAGGUGGCUGAGAUGUUAUCAUCAGGGAUUUUUAGGACUGAUGGGUUAUUACAGAAGGUUCAUUUGCAAUUCUGGGAAGAUAGCCCGCCCAUUGACUGAUCUAUUAAACAAAGGAAAUCUUAAGUGGAAUGAGGAUAGUAAUAAGGCUUUCAUACAAUUACAGCAAGCUGUUACCACAGCAACAGUACUAUCCAUGCUUAAUUUUUCAAAACAAUUCUCCAUAGAAUGUGAUGCCUCGGAGGGGAAUUGGAGCUGUUCUAACAAGACAGAAAGCCAAUUGCUUAUUUCAGCAAAGCAUUGGCAGAUUCAAGUCUUUCUAAAUCUGUGUAUGAAAAGGAACUGAUGGCUCGUCUUAGCCAUACAACAUUGGAGGCCUUAUCUUCUGGGUCAGAAAUUUACUGUAUACACUGACCAAAAAAGUUUGAGAUAUCUACUUGAGCAGCGAAUUACAACUCAGAACUAACAAAAUUGGCUUGCCAAGUUGCUGGUAUGAGUUCGACAUUGUGUAUAAGGUGGGGGCUUCAAACAUGGUUGCUGAUGCUCUAUCUCUAGAAGAGAUGAAGACAAAGAAUUGCAGGGCAUUUCUAGACCUUUCUAGCAAGACACAACAGAAAUUGAUGACGAAGUUUAGAAGGAUCCCACGUUGGCUAAAAUCUGAGAAGAAUUGAAGGAGAAUCCAGAUUCACAACCUCAGUACACCCUGGAGCAUGACAGAUUAUACUACAAAGGGAGGCUGGUCCUGUGAGCUUCUUCAUUGUGGAUUCCAAAGUUACUACAGGAAUUUCAUAGUUAUCCUAUGGGAGGGCAGUCGGGUAUAUACAGAACUUAUCGAAGAAUCGCUCAAUCGCUUUAUUGGAUAGGAAUGAAGGGAGAAAUCAGAGUUUGUGGUUGCGUGUCAUGUGUACCAAAGAAGCAAAUAUCAAGCAUCCUCUCUAGCAGGUUUACUGCAACCUUUGCCAAUUCCAAGCGCUAUUUGGGAAGAAAUCAACAUGGAUUUUAUUGUAGGUUUGCCGAAGUCAACAGGGUUUGAUGCUAUACUAGUAGUGGUGGAUAGGUUAAGCAAAUAUGGGCAUUUUAUUGUGAUUAAGCACCCAUAGUCUGCUAGGUCUAUAGCUGAAAUUUUUGUUAAAGAAAUAAUUCGGUUGCAUGGGGUGCCUAUAUCUAUUGUCAGUGACAGGGACCCUACUUUUAUGAGUCAUUUUUGGAAAGAAUUAUUCAGAUUGCAGGGAACUGCUUUAAAGAUGAGCACAACCUAUCACCCAAAAUCAGAUGGGCAGACAAAAGUGCUUAACAGAACCUUAGAAACCUAUCUCAGAUGUUUCAGUUCAGAACAGCCAAAAUCCUGGGCAGACUUUAUUCCUUGGGCAGAAUACUGGUAUAAUACUAGCUACUAAAGUGCUGCACACUUCUCUCCUUUUGAGGUAGUAUAUGGUAGACCAUUACCUCUCUUACUAAAUUUGUACUUGGGGAAACUCUUGUAGAAGUUGUUGCUUAGGAUUUAAUGGACAAAGAUGAAGCGUUGAAACAAUUAAAGUUCCAUCUACAAAAGGCUCAAAAUCAGAUGGCUCAUUACGCUAAUGUGUGUAGGAAAAUGUCUCAGAUUCAGCCAGGAGAUUGGGUUUAUCUAAAGAUCAGACCUCACAGACAAACCUCUAUGCCUACCAAAUUACAUCAUUAGCUCUCAGCCAAAUACUAUGGGCCUUAUUUGGUUCUUCAACAAAUUGGAGCCGUAGCAUUCAAAUUGCAACUUCCUGAACAAGCACACAUACAUCUUGUCUUCCACGCUUCUUAGCUCAAAAAGGCUGCAGCAGGCAAUCCCCUGUAGAAACAGACCUCCCAGCAGAGUUGCAGGGCACCAUUGAGAACUACAAACCUGACAAAAUUCUUGGCAGUCGCAUAGUUACUGAGUAAGGCACGGAAAUCCCUCAAGUUUUGGUGCAUUGGCAAGGCAAACUUUAAGAAGAAGCUACCUAGAAAGACAUUUCUAUCAUCAGAAAUCAGUUUCCCGAUUUCAACCUUGAGGACAAGGUUGUUUCGGAGGGAGGAGGUAUUGUUAGGACUGAGUCCAAGCAACAGUAGCAGGAAAGGGUUUGGGUUUGCAGGUUUAUUAUAAGAAAAGGAAAGGGUCAAAAAGUUGUAACAAACACUUAGAGGGAUAGGAGAGUUAGUUAGUUCUGUUAUUUGGAGAAUUGUAACUCCUAUAAAUAAGAGUCUUCUCUUCAGUGAGAGGGGAGGAUUUGAAAUAUACAGUUACUGGACUAUUGCCAGUUGUAAAAGGAUAAAGCUCCUUUGGAGGUAUACUUGUAUACGUUGUCUCUUAGUUUGUUCUCUCUCUUUCAGCAAUAACAAAGUUAUUUCAGUUUU